AUGUCAAGCACGCUCUGUAAGUGCCAGCUGCUAUGUGGCGAGUCUCUCCAGCCCUGCCUGCUGGACACCCGCGUGAGCUGGUGGAGGACGGGGGACUGCGUGGCUGCCGGACAAGGCACCUUGGAGCCUAUUCUCCACCGAAAAGUGACCCAGAGAGGGAGAGAGCUCUGCCAGCCUGUGACCCCGAGACACACGGCUGACAGUGGUGCAGCAAAGACCCUGGGCUGCAGCGCCCACCGCGGUCCCUCCCUGGAGACGCCGGGAAGGAUCCCACCAGGGCCCAGCCCCAAAGCUGCAGGGUGGGGGACUGUCUGUGCACAUGGGGCUGCCCAGCACCCUCAAAGGGGUCCGAGUGGCCUUCCAGGGACAGGGGUGGGUGAUGAGAGCAGGCUAGGCAUCAGUUACCCCGAGCUGUAG